GGUUAAUAGGUACCUUUAUAUUUAAAAAUGUAUGGGAUCUAUCGGAAACAACCAACCGUAUUUCUCCCGAAAGAUUUUUCAUUUCAGCACACAAGUACAUAUAUGAUAAAAAGAUCUUGUAAGAUUUGUACAAUGUGUGAUAACGAUUUUAUUUUCUUUUUUAAGAGAAAAGAAGAACGAUGAUUUUUGUUAACGAAGAAAAUAAGAUUUCCAGAAAAUUCUCUAGAUUUCUCAAUAUUUCGACGUUGACAUACGUGAUAAAAUGCGCAGUCGCAAAAGAAAGUAGAGGGUACUAUUCGGCUGACAAAAGGAUGGGUUACAGUGUUGCGUAGUAGGAAGGAAGAUUGUUUCACUGGUAGCAGGAUUUGUGUUUUUAAUCUUAUGAGAGGAAUUGGUACGAUGAUGAGUGACAUCGGUUCACGUGUCUACGUGCGCUGUGUGAGCACGUCAAUAGAAAAUGUCAGGACUAAGUGUACGAGCGGUGAUAAUGAAUUGUGAUCCUAGUAGUUGUCCUCGUUUGACAAAAGAAUCUUUGUCGGGUGUUCGUCUCUUUCCUGGUCGUUUACGUUGGUACUCGGUAACACCGGUCUCUCAAUACGGUCAACCGUGGAAUGGCAGCAGCCUUAAAAAAGAAUCAUUCACGCAGAAGGUUGGCCGCGCUAACAUUUCUUUCGAAUAUCUCCCUCGAUGGCAGCCACCGCGAUACAAAGUUAGCUGUUCUAUCGCGGAAUGGUGCUGCUCAUGCACGUACCUUGAGCGAUAGUCAGGCUCAUCAGGUUGAUGUUCGUCAAGCCAAUUUGACCGUUUCUACUGAAGAGGUUCUUGAUGACUGUACAGAAGAGCAUUUAAUAUCCUCAUCUGCAAAGCAAACAAGCUCUCCACAAUUAGUGCCAAAGAGUGGUGAACAUAAUUCAUUUAGUUCAAAUUCUGACGGGUUAUUGACUCCUGCAAAGGCAGCAGUGGCUGUAUUCCUAGAACAAGAAAGAAAUUAUCCGCAGCUUUCUACUGGAUUUCAUAGUUCAUUCAGAGAACGUACUAAUACAACUGGCAGUGAAUAUUCUUUACCUGAAAGACGAGUUGGUUCUUUACAAUAUAAAAAACGUAUAACUCAUCAAACAUCAACUCUUUCGGAAGAUAUAAAGCAUCAAUACAAUAGUUCCAAUGAGAGUAUUGGUUCUUUACGCUCUAAACCACAAUCCUCAAAAUCAAAAUCAAAAGUAUCAAAUAAUGUGCAGUCUGGUUCUGCAAAUAGUGGUAUAAUACCAGAAGUUACAAGAGAAUUGCGUUUAAUGCAAAAACCUGUAAAUGGCUAUAAAUUUGGAGAUGAUAGAUUGGUUUUGGUUUCUAAUAAACGUGUGCCAUUUCUAGUAUUUUCUGCUCUUCCAUAUAAUAAAGGACAAAGAUCUAGUUGGUCUGAACUGCGUAAAGAUACAGGCCGAAGAAAAAAUAUUUCCUCACAGAGACCAUUGUCAGCAAUUAAUGAUAAUAUUGAUCCCUUUGGUUUAUUGGGAAUAGAACGUGCUAAAGACGGCCAGGAAAUAUCUUAUGGACAGUUACUUGUUCCAUCUAGACAGUUUCAAAGAGAUAAAAAAUUACAUUUUAGCGAUAAUGAUGCAAUAGAACUUAUUCCUAACAAACAUCCUGUAGUUUCAAGGACAAAAACUAUUACAUGGAAUGUGGAUCACUCCAAAUGGUGUCUAUCGUAUGAUACGGCUACACAUCGUGCUCAACAUUUAACACCCGAAUCUCCACCACUAUCUUUUAAUACUGAUUCUAAAGCUUAUGAUUGGGAUGAGCAAUCAUUACAAUACAAUCCUAAUUUAUUAGAUGAUCCAGAACUCAUAGCUGGGAAGCAUAGGACGCUGCUUACAUUUACAUCGUAUAUGGCAUCAGUUAUUGAUUAUGUAAGACCAUCUGACUUAAAAAAAGAAUUAAAUGACAAAUUUAAGGAAAAAUUUCCCCAUAUACAACUUACUUUGAGCAAAUUAAGAAGUUUAAAACGAGAAAUGAGAAAAAUAGCAAAGAUGGAAUAUGGUAUUGAUCUCCUGACAGUAGCAAUGGCUUAUGUAUACUUUGAAAAACUUAUUCUUCGGAAUGUUGUUACGAAACAAACGCGGAAAUUAUGUGCCGGUGCAUGCUUGCUUCUUGCAGCAAAAUUGAAUGAUGUCAAGGGUGAUGUUCUUAAAUCAUUAAUAGAGAGAAUUGAAAGUGUAUUUCGUCUAAACCGCAAGGAUUUAAUUACAUCUGAAUUUGCUGUUUUGGUAGCUUUAGAAUUUGGUUUACAUCUUCCAACAUGGGAGAUAUUUCCACAUUAUCAGAGAUUAAUAUACGAAUCUUGACCUUCUUUUAUGACAUUUUUCUUACGCAGACCCAGAACAUUUUCAUCAUAACAUUGCUGAACAAGUAUGAAAAGUACAAUGCAUAUAAACUUUUAAGCAAAAGAGGAAAAAAUUUAAAAAUAAGGAUACAUUAUGGUUAUUUACAAAUUUGUUGACCUGCAAUAUCAUAAAAAAACAAUAUAUUGGUAAAAGUUAUAAACAAUUUGAUAGAGUGAUAGAUAAUUUAAUAAACUUGUAAAGAGGAAACGACAAAUGCUUUACAGUCAAUAGGAAUUUUUCAAAUUUUAGAGAAGUCAGUUAUAGAGAUUUAAUCAUACAAAUAAUACAUUUGUGAUUUCUUUAAAUCAUAAGUUCUAAAGAAGAUUUUAUUUUUUGAUAUUUUUUGGCUACUAAUAGAAUGAGUAGCAGAAAAUUUAAUUGAAUAUUUAUUAUAGAUUCGAUAUAAGUCGAAUCUUUUCUGAACAGAGGAAGUGGAAUUUUUUUCAUUUUUUUUUUUUUUAAUCUAGUCAAGUCAAUUUGGUUCAUUUUUGUGAAUUAAGAUUGGCACAGAAUAUGAUAUAAUGUUAAAUAAUAAUAAAUUGUUACUUGCAUAUGUGUGCCUAACACUUUGUUAAAAUAGAAAAGUUACAGUCAUUUUUCUAAUUCAGUUAUAUUUUACAACCUUUUCAUAGCACUUGAAAUACGUAAGAUUGUAUAUAUAAUUUAGAUUCGUAUGAAUUAUAAUUUCGAGACAUUAAUGAGACAUACUCGAGACUACACUAAUAAAUGAAAGAUAUUCAAUACACGUAAUAUAUUCAAACAUAAAAUGAUUGAAAUAAUUAAUAAUGUUGUUACUUAAUUGAAUAAAUUACGAAAGUUGUAUUGUAAAUACAACAUAUGAUGUAUAUUAAUAUUAUCAAAUAUUCUUUGAAAUCCAAAGUAAGCUAUCUAUAAUCGUACUUAUGCUUGAAUUACGCUGAAAAAUAAGGCAAAUUUUCAAAGAAAUAUCUUAUUAUAAAAUUAAUUUUAUAUAGAUUUUUUCAAUUUUAGUUUUCUUUUGUAUUAAUUCUAACGCUAAAAUGUUUCAAUUUUUCAAAUAUUCUUCCCAGAUCGAAGUUUUAUGCAACUUUAAUAUAGCAUUUUACUCAUAACUUUAAAUUUUGAAAUAUUUGUUAGUAACAAAUAAUAUUAAAAAGAUCCGUUUAAAAUAUGCAGGAGUCAUCGGUAGUAUUUAUAACGUUUCAUUCUUAUGUUGAUGUUAUAUCUUCAUACUAACUAACACGUAUUUAUUUUAUUACUGUGUAUAAAAGUUUCUGUUUUAAUAUUUCUUUAAUUUUAUCCAUUGAUUAAUCUAUAUUGAGUAAUAAAUAUUUGUUUAUUGUUAUAAAUAAUUAAUACAAUAAUUAUUAUAAUAUAAAAGUAUAGCGAGAAAGAAGAAAGCCUUAAAGCUUUUUAUUUUUUCAUAUUAAUAAUAUUUAAGAUAGAUUUUGAUUAUAUAAUCUGAAAAGAUGUUAUUAAGCGUAUACGCUUAAAUUAAAAGAAAAUUGUUCUUCAAAUUCUUUUUGUGAAUAUUUUUUUGAAUCUUCAUAUGCAAUUGAAUCCUAAUGUGAUUCAAAUCAAUGAUGCAUACAUUAAAUCUUCAUUAAGUAAAUUUAUUGUAUCCAUCCUAUAUUAAUCACGUGACUUCAUUUUUUUUUUUUGUAAAUUUGUAAAAACAAAAAAAUUGCAAAAAAUUUCAUAUAAAUAUUGCUUUCUAUUCAAAUAUUCGCAGUAUAGGAUUUAGUCAUUGUAAGGACUCGUCACUGGCAAAAAUUAAAAGUUAAAAAUUCAAUCUUCAAAAUUGAAAUUUAAUUUUUUUAACAUUAAUUUUAAAAAUUUGAUAACUGAUUUAUAUCAGUAUUUUUUAUAACUGAUUGACUAUUCUUGCUUGUAAUAUAUUCAAGAAAUUAUUGUGAUUUUCGUUACGAAUCAAUAUGUUUAGAUUCAGUAAUUCGAUAUUAGGUGUAUAUCACACAUAUGUACAAGGAUUUCAGAAUCAAAGUUAUAUAUUUUCUUUUUUUAAAUUUAUUUUUUUUGAAUUUCAUCGAAAAUAGUUCCAAGUUUGUGCCAUAAUACUUAUUUACUUUACGUAAUUUUACUUAAAUAGAGGAACAAUGACGGAUAUUCGUUUUUGUUCAAUGCGCUUUCAUCUCCGACUGAAAAAAAAUGUUCGAGACGUAUUGUACAUAGUUCUUACCUUUAGACUAAGUAAUCUAGUUGUAUAAUGUCACAUAAAAUACCAUAUUCAGGGUAAUUCAAUUGAGAUCACAAAAAAUUCUCUAAUUGUUUGUUAUUCGAUAUUUUCGAGCCGGUUCUCACAAGAUUAGUCGAAAUGACCAUAGUUUACUAUAAUUGUAAACUUCUGUAUCAACACGUCAAAUAUUGUAUCUAUCAUACAUACUUUGUGUGCGUGUGUGCGUGUGUGUGUAUGUGUGUUCGUAUGAAUAUACAUGUGCAUAUGAACUUGUACAUAGAGUGACAGCAUUAAGACUGAAAACUUAAAGAAGUCAGUUUUCAGUUCUCCUCUUCGAUUUUUUCUUAAUCAGUGUGAGGAACUCCCAUGGUAUAAUAUUAUCAGAUAGAAUAUAGAAGGAAAAUGUAGAUGAUGGACUUUGAUAUGAUAUACAUUUGUGGAUGGCGAUUUGAUAGUUGAUGAAUUAGGGUUUGACGAAUGGAUCAACGAUUUUAAAAGUAAAAAUUUGCUCACCAGAGAUUUCUAUACCUAUGUACCUACUUGCAUAAAGUAGUCUUGGACAUUAUGUGAUAUCGUUUUUAUUUGUGUAAUAUUAAAAGAGUUAUUCAUAUUAACAUUCAACCCUAUUACGGUUGCAAAUGACCAUUUUCAAUGUGCUUCAUCAAUGUGCUUUGUAAGAUCGUGAAUAUGUGCUGUGAUUAUUUAAAAAAAGAUUGAUCAAAUCUCAGUCGCUCGUAAAUUUAAAAUGGUCAUUUCAUUUCGAUUUCAUACCAUAAUGAACGUUGCUCCUUGCAAACUCUUUCAGUAGUAAUGUUUGAUAAGCGUGAUGAUCUGAAACUUUUUAAUAAAAACAUUUUCUUUCUAUAGAAGCAUAAGUAAGAUAAAAACGAACGUAUAAAAAAUAGUUUAAAUCAUACGACUAUUGCAAGUUACGCUUAUCAAAUUUUGGAUAAAUGUUCUUGUCGAUUCACUGAAAGAGUUAACAGAAAUAAUAUACGAGUUGUAUGCACUCAUGUACGAUAGCCAGUCAAUUGCAAGAUAACUAUCACGUUAUAGUAUCAUAGGAUGUUCUAAACAGCGAUCGAUAGUUUGUGUACGAUUCUUUUAAGAUAAAAUGAAUAAAGAAUGUAUAAAUACAAAUAAAAUCUAAAGAAAAACAUUUAAAAGCUGUGUUAAAAAUUUUACA